CGUUUCUCUCCCGAGUUCGUGCUCCUCUUUGUCGAAGGAGAGAGAGAGAGAGAGAAAGGGAAACUAGAGAGAGAGAGAGGGGGAGAGAAUGAGAGGGACGGCGACGAGCUCCACCGCGGCGGCGGCAGUGGCGGUGGCGGUGGCGGUGGCGGUGUUGCUGUGCUUCGAGGUCGCCGGAGUGGCCGCGGACGCUUCCGACCACCGCUAUAAGCCGGAGGACCCCGUCCCGCUCUACGCCAACAAGGUCGGCCCGUUCCAAAACCCUAGUGAGACGUACCGCUUCUUUGAUCUACCCUUCUGCAUUCCAGAACAUGUGAAGGAGAAAACAGAAGCCCUAGGUGAAGUUUUGAAUGGGGAUCGCUUAGUCGAUGCCCCAUAUAAGCUCGAUUUCCGGGUCGAUUUUGACUCCAAGUUGGUGUGCAAGAAGACACUCACUAAAGAAGAUGUGGCCAAGUUCAGAAAUGCGAUCGUCAAGGAUUACUAUUUCCAGAUGUAUUACGACGAUCUUCCCAUUUGGGGGUUUAUUGGAAAAGUUGAUAAAGAAGGAAAGGCCGAUUCGAGUGAACACAAGUACUACCUUUACAGGCAUAUCCACUUUGACAUCCGUUACAAUAAUGAUAGGGUGAUUCAGAUCAAUAUACAUACCGAUCCGCAUGCCAUAGUUGACCUAGUGGAGGACAAGGAGGUUGAGGUAGAGUUCUUGUAUUCUGCGAAGUGGAAGGAGACGACCGCGCCCUUUGAGAAGAGGAUGGAGAAGUACUCGCAGUCAUCUUCACUGCCUCACCACUUGGAGGUUCAUUGGUUCUCGAUAAUAAACUCUUGUGUUACGGUUCUUCUUCUAACAGGAUUUCUAGCCACGAUUCUCAUGCGGGUCCUGAAGAAUGAUUUUCUCAAAUAUGCUCAAGACGAGGAGUCUGUUGAUGAUCAAGAAGAGAGUGGAUGGAAGUACAUUCAUGGUGAUGUUUUCAGGUUCCCAAAUAACAAGUCAUUGAUUGCUGCUUGUCUGGGUUCAGGCACUCAACUAUUUGCUCUUGCGAUCUUCAUAUUCAUUCUUUCACUAGUUGGGGUGUUCUACCCUUAUAACCGAGGAGCUCUUUUUACUGCAUUGGUGGUCAUUUAUGCGCUUACCUCUGGCAUUGCUGGUUAUUCUUCCACCUCUUUCUAUUGUCAACUUGAAGGAACAAACUGGGUGAGGAAUUUGCUAUUGACAGGAUGCCUUUUUUGUGGGCCUCUCUUCCUAACAUUCUGUUUCCUGAAUACCGUUGCCAUUGUAUACAGUGCUACAGCGGCAUUACCAUUUGGUACUAUUGUUGUUAUUUUCCUUAUUUGGACAUUGGUCACAGCUCCUCUGCUUGUUUUGGGUGGAAUUGCUGGUAAAAACAGCAAAGCAGAGUUCCAAGCCCCUUGUAGAACCACCAAGUACCCUAGAGAGAUCCCUUCAUUACCCUGGUAUCGUGGGACCAUUACACAGAUGGCGAUGGCAGGUUUUCUCCCUUUCAGUGCGAUCUACAUUGAGCUUUACUACAUUUUUGCCAGUGUCUGGGGCCACAGAAGUUACACUAUAUAUAGCAUCCUCUUUAUAGUCUUCAUCAUUCUCCUUAUUGUCACUGCUUUCAUUACUGUUGCGUUGACCUACUUCCAGCUUGCUGCUGAAGACCACGAGUGGUGGUGGAGGUCAUUUCUGUGCGGCGGAUCAACCGGGUUUUUCAUCUAUGGAUAUUGCUUAUACUACUACUACGCCCGGUCCGACAUGUCGGGAUUUAUGCAGACAUCUUUCUUCUUCGGUUACAUGGCUUGCAUUUGCUACGCCUUCUUCCUCAUGCUCGGUAUGGUGGGUUUCCGCGCGGCCUUGCUCUUUGUUCGCCACAUAUACCGAUCCAUCAAGUGUGAGUAAGGUAAGAUGCCUCUCGCGUGUUCGAGGACAAGCUAUUCUACAGCGAAAGAAGGUAGAUGUUAAAGUUAAAUUAGAGAACUUAGAUGCAAUAUUAUACAAAGCGGCGGAAGAUCCAAUUAGCAAAUUUUUUAAGCGUAGGGCGAUUAUUUUGAGACACUGGUGACUACUUUCAUAAAUUUGUUCUUGAUGGCUCUGUUUUGUUGUUUGUAUGUUGUGUUGUUGGCAGUUAUAUAUAUAUAUAAUCAUCAAGUGGGUGGGUAUUAUCAUUCAUGAGAAAAUUCGAGCUCUUCCUGCUUUGAUCUGGUAUCUCUCUAUCACUAUUCUGGUGAAUAUUCUGUGACCAAUUAUUAGUUUGUUUUAAGUUCAUCCGCUGCUGAUUUUGCUGAAA